AUGGACAACUGCUACAUUGUCGAUUCAAAUCUAAAGAAAUUACAAAAUUUGCUCAAAAAAUGUCUGAAAAUAAAGAUAGGAGAAAUAAAGCUUGGCCUCCAACCAGGCGACGACGAAUUGAAGAAGUGGAAACUUCUACAAGAUCCGCCGUACAGAAUCCCCCAGUCCCCUCCAGAGGCCGUGGGAGAGGCCGUGGCGGUUUCUGCAGUCUCCGCCAGGGAAGACAGGGAGUUCGUCAUUCACAGCAGUGAGAAUGAACUCCUUAUCCAACUGGUGGAGGCUCGUCCCUCACUAUGGGACCCCUCCGACCGCCAACACGCCGACCAUCAUCUCACCCAGCGGCUCUGGAGGGAUAUUGGCGAGGAAUUCGUCUCUGGCUGGGAGGAUCUCUCUGCGGCGGACCAAAAAGAAUAUGUGGACAAGAUUAUCACUCGGUGGCGGUCAAUCCGGGACCGCUUCAAGAGAGAGUACAAUCGUGAGGUUCACGCCCCGAGUGGCUCUGGAGCCAGACCACAGAAGCCCUACGCCCACAAUGAGGCGUUGGGGUUUCUGCGUCCGACGCUGGGCCUUCGAAGAACUACCAGCAGCACUCGGGAGCCUGAACCCUCUCUUGAAGCGGACCCAGGACCGGCCGCCACCACCAGCCCUCCUGUCCCUCAUUCACCUGUUCGGGUCAAUCCUGGUCCCCUACCUGGUCCCUCUUUUCAACGUACGCUCUCAAGAUGGCGAGAAAAUGUGAGAGCUACGUUGAAUCGCAGGAGACCAGGUAGGAGCCGUCGGGAAGACUAUGGGGACCUUGUAGAGAUCGUUUCUGAUGCUCUGGAAGGUUUCGCAGAAGACAUGCGUCGAGUUGUGGAAGACUUGGCACGCCGAGGGGAGGGGGCGGAGUCGGCACGUCAACUCUCCCAACACGAACAUUUCCUGCAAACCAUGGUCCCCCGGAUGGACCAAAUGAAUCCUGAGCAGGUGCAUGAGUUCCGUAUUAUGAUGGAGAAUGCGUCGUGGGAAAUCCUGCACCGCCCCCCACCCACUACCUACCCCCCACCCACUACCUACCCCCCACCCACUACCUACCCCCCAACCCAUGUGUAUCAACACGCUCAAAGUCUACCUUCCCAUUCACAUCAUCCUUCCCUUUCCCAACCCCCCGAGCAUGGUUCUUCAACCAUAGAGCUCUACGGGCAGAGUUUGAAGUGGAAGCAGACCUAG